GUAAAUACAGAAGAACACUGACAAAUCACCAUGUCAAAUCUCAGCAAAGGCGGCACCAAGAAGGACACCAAGAUGAGGAUACGAGCCUUUCCUAUGACGAUGGAUGAGAAGUAUGUCAACAACAUCUGGGACCUGCUGAAGAACGCCAUCCAGGAGAUCCAGAGGAAGAACAACAGUGGCCUGAGCUUCGAGGAGCUGUACAGGAACGCUUACACCAUGGUGCUCCACAAGCACGGCGAGAAGCUCUACACGGGCCUGCGCGAGGUCGUCACCGAGCACCUCAUCAACAAAGUACGUGAAGAUGUCCUAAACGCUUUAAACAACAACUUCCUUCAAACCCUGAACCAGGCGUGGAACGACCACCAGACAGCCAUGGUGAUGAUCAGAGACAUUCUCAUGUACAUGGACCGCGUGUACGUGCAGCAGAACAACGUGGAGAACGUCUACAACCUGGGCCUCAUCAUCUUCAGGGACCAGGUGGUCCGCUACGGCUGCAUCCGAGACCACCUCCGGCAGACCCUGCUGGACAUGAUCGCCCGGGAGCGGAAGGGCGAGGUGGUGGACAGAGGGGCCAUCAGAAACGCCUGCCAGAUGUUGAUGAUCCUGGGCCUGGAAGGAAGGUCGGUGUAUGAAGAGGACUUUGAGGCCCCCUUCUUAGACAUGUCUGCUGAGUUCUUCCAGAUGGAGAGCCAGAAGUUUCUGGCCGAGAACAGUGCAAGCGUGUACAUCAAGAAGGUGGAGGCGAGGAUCAACGAGGAGAUCGAGCGGGUGAUGCACUGCCUGGACAAGUCCACCGAGGAGCCCAUCGUCAAGGUGGUGGAGCGAGAGCUCAUCUCCAAACACAUGAAGACCAUCGUGGAGAUGGAGAACUCCGGCCUGGUCCACAUGCUGAAGAACGGCAAGACCGAGGACCUGGCGUGCAUGUACAAGCUGUUUAGCAGGGUGCCCAACGGCCUCAAGACCAUGUGUGAGUGCAUGAGCUCCUACCUGAGAGAGCAGGGCAAGGCGCUGGUGUCGGAAGAGGGCGAGGGCAAGAACCCUGUGGACUACAUCCAGGGCCUGCUGGACUUGAAGUCUCGCUUCGACCGGUUCCUUCAGGAGUCCUUCAACAACGACCGUCUCUUCAAACAGACCAUCGCCGGGGACUUCGAGUACUUUCUUAAUCUCAACUCGCGCUCUCCUGAGUACCUCUCCCUCUUCAUAGACGACAAGCUGAAGAAAGGAGUGAAAGGACUAACAGAGCAGGAGGUGGAGACCAUCCUGGACAAGGCUAUGGUCUUGUUCAGGUUCAUGCAGGAGAAGGAUGUGUUUGAGCGCUACUACAAGCAGCACCUGGCCCGGAGACUGCUUACCAACAAGAGCGUCUCCGACGACUCAGAGAAGAACAUGAUCUCCAAGCUCAAGACUGAGUGUGGCUGCCAGUUCACCUCCAAACUGGAGGGCAUGUUCCGGGACAUGAGCAUCUCCAACACCACCAUGGAUGAGUUCAGACAGCACCUGCAGUCCACAGCGGUGUCGUUGGGUGGCGUGGAUCUGACCGUGCGAGUCCUGACGACGGGCUACUGGCCCACGCAGUCGGCCACGCCCAAGUGCAGCAUCCCCAACUCGCCCCGGCACGCCUUCGAGGUGUUCCGCAGGUUUUAUCUGGCCAAGCACAGCGGCCGGCAGCUCACGCUGCAGCAUCACAUGGGCUCUGCCGACCUCAACGCCACCUUUUACGGGCCAAUCAAAAAGGAGGAUGGCUCCGAGGUGGGAGUGGGCGGGGCCCAGGUGACGGGCUCCAACACCAGGAAGCACAUACUGCAGGUGUCCACCUUCCAGAUGACCAUCCUCAUGCUCUUCAACAACCGGGAAAAGUCCACCUUCGAGGAGAUCCAGCAGGAGACAGACAUCCCCGAGCGGGAGCUGGUGCGGGCGCUGCAGUCCCUGGCCUGCGGGAAGCCCACCCAGCGCGUCCUCACCAAGGAGCCCAAGUCCAAGGAGAUCGAGAACGGCCACGUGUUUACAGUCAACGACCAGUUUACCUCAAAGCUGCACCGCGUCAAGAUCCAGACAGUGGCCGCUAAGCAGGGGGAGUCGGACCCUGAGAGGAAGGAGACGCGGCAGAAGGUGGACGACGACAGGAAGCACGAGAUCGAGGCGGCCAUCGUCCGCAUCAUGAAGUCCAGGAAGAAGAUGCAGCACAAUGUCCUGGUAGCAGAGGUCACCCAGCAACUACGGGCACGGUUUCUCCCCAGUCCUGUAGUCAUCAAGAAGCGCAUUGAAGGACUCAUUGAGCGGGAAUAUUUGGCACGAACACCAGAGGAUCGCAAAGUGUACACUUAUGUAGCAUAAAACAAGUGAACUCACUGAAAGCUGACAUGACGAGACACUGAGCCCGAGCUUGUUUCGGGACUGCUUAUGAACUCACUUCAUUGAUGUUGGGAACACUGGGAAGCAUUCUUUUCUUCCAUAGAUGUGUGAAGUUGCUGUAAAAAAAAGAGGGCGGGGGGAGUUUUUCUAGGUAUUUUAGAUUUCUUCUGCUUGGAAGAGUGAACGGACGGGAUCUAGCUAUGUUACAGUUCCACGACCCUAAUGUGGCCUUGACCUGGAGAAUGCAGGUGCUGCGUCACCACAUCUCAAAGGAAGGAGAACGAGGAAAGACGAAAUAAUAAGCGACACUUGCAUUAAGAAUGUGGUUGGCUCCAUGGAGGUCGAGACAAAAAUAGAGAUUGCUCCACUGUUUUAAAUGUUAAUGUGUUACGUUUGUGUUUCGUGGCACCAUGCUGGUUGUACAGGUUGUCAGACACUAUUGGCUUUUCUCUCCCUGGGGGUUGUAGUGCAACAGGAGGACGAUGACGUCACUGGUGGUUUGCAGAAAUAAGAGCAAUUGCUUGGUAGCAUGCUUUAUAUCGAUUGGUGGAACAAAUCACAUGCUCUCUAAAAGGUGUAUGGUCUUUUCUCAUCUUUUUCUGUUCUGACUUGUAAUAUUGGUUAGCAGCCGAGAAAAUCUAUGGUGGAAUGUUCCUCUUAAUGCAGAUCUCAAAGGGGAGGGUCUGUUCGUUUUACUUUGUUUUUUUACUGGAUUUUGAUGGAUCUAAUUUAGCUCUGUGUAAUGUGUAUAAAUUGUAAAAUAAUUAUUGUACUCACUGCUAAGGUGGACUGUACAGGGCCUUGUUUUCAUCAUAUUAAAUGUAAAAAAAAAAAAAUUAGGUGAAACGGUGCGCUUAUGUU